AUGUCUACAUAUCUCCGCUAUCUUUGUAUCUCAACAUCAAUCACUGACAAAAAGAAACAGUGUCAAUUCAAACAAAGAUCAAUGUCUGGAAUAAUCGAUAUGUGGAGUAGUGAAGUGAAGAAGAUGAACAAUGACAUGAAGGGUCACAUCAACGGCUCCAGCACAUGUGAACCUGACUCGUUAAAGUCAAACCAGGUGAACCAGAACUGGAGCUGGGCAGAGGCUUUACUGAACCGAGUCAACUCACCACCACCAUUGGCGUUCCCCGUGUACUCUGAAGCUUCUGUUGCUAUGCUAGUCGACUGUUUUAGUCCUUAA